AUAUUUUUAUAACAUGCCUUUCAACAACAAUGACAAAAAAAAGAGAGAGGAUAUUUUGAUCACGUUGUUCAUUUUGAGCCAAGUGUUUCUCUUCAUGGGCCACAGACUUUCUCUCUAUCUGACUAUCUGUACCCUCUACUCUCAUCGGUUUACAUUUCUCUUUCUAAAUAAUUCAUAACCAAGCACAUUUCUACCUCCAACAGCUAGCCAACCAACUUCUAAAAUAUCCAACUUCUUCACUCACACUGUUAUACCAAUUUCCUUCAACCAAGCUUUCCUAUAUAUACAACACCUUACUCUUCACCCUUUAAUUAUAACACCAAUUUCACUCUCAAAAACCUUUUUCUACUCUCUCCAACCCAUAAAUAUGUUUCCAACUAACAACCUUUCCACUUCACAACCCACUUCCUCAAACUCUUCCACUUCCUCCAACACAUCAUUGCAAAAUAUAGAAGUCUUUCAUGGGAUGUCAGGUUUCCAAGAGGAGAUGCGGUUAGCUGCUACUACUCCGAAGAAGCGUGCAGGAAGGAAGAUAUUCAAGGAGACUCGCCAUCCGGUGUAUAGGGGUGUAAGGAAGAGGAAUUUAGAUAAGUGGGUUUGUGAAAUGAGGGAGCCUAACAAGAAGACUAAAAUUUGGCUAGGGACUUUUCCAACGGCCGAGAUGGCAGCCCGAGCCCACGACGUCGCUGCAAUAGCAUUGAGGGGCCGCUAUGCCUGUCUCAAUUUUGCAGACUCGGUGUGGAGACUACCUAUUCCUGCAACAUCUAAUACUAAAGAUAUACAAAAAGCGGCUGCAGAAGCUGCUGAGGCUUUUAGACCAGACAAGAGUUUAAAGACUAAUGAGAUUGAAACAGUUGUAGCUAUUGUUACCGGCGAGAAGUUGAUUGAUAUGUUUUGUGUGGAAAAGGAUGAGGAUGAAGUGCUGAGUAUGCCAGAAGAGUUGAUUAAUAUGUUUUGUGUUGAACAGGAUGAGGAUGAAGUGUUAUGGAGGAAUAUGGUGAUGAUGUCCCCUACACAUAGCUUGGGAAAUUAUGAGUAUGAACAUUUUGACCUAGACUUUCAAGAUGAUGAAAUAUCACUGUGGAACUUUGAAAUUUGAUGAAUUAGGUUAUUUUACUUUUUCUUUUUUGUGUGGAUUGUAUAAUUGGAAAGUUUGUACUACCGUCUUUUUCUAUUAGUAGUAUGGAUGUUUCAUGUACAUAGGUUGGAAUUGAAAAUGAUUUUGUUUUUAUAUUCUUAUCUCAGCCCUUUUAUUGAAUAUGAAAGAUGAAUAUAUAAUAU